AUGGCAAAUAAUACUCAAAAUACCUCAAGUACGCACUCACAAAACAUUCAAUAUGGCAGUAUAAGUAUGCCUAAUCAACCUCAAAGCCAACAAAGAGAUAAAAUACAACAGAAUUCUUUGGAUGAGAAAAGACCAAAGAAGGUGGUCCAGAAACGAAAAUUAAUGGAGAACGAAAAAGAUAAACAAAAGGCUGAAUAUGAAAGUUCAAGGAACGAAUUUAAGAGCCUCUUAUCACAAUAUGGCUCAAAAGCAAAAGUCGCCGACGAUUUAGAAAGAGAAUCAACCAAACUUCAUGGGAGCAUUGAAAAUUUAUUAGCAAGAGUGCAAUCGACUAAAAUUAAGCCAAUUUCACAAUCAACACCACCACCACCUCCGCCGCGGCAAAUAAUAGUAAAACCGAACUCUACUGACUUUCCGCUAAAUAUAUUGGAUACCCUCAUAACAGUCAAGAAAUCACACCACACCUAUCUGUACAUUGAACCAUACGAACCGGUUGUGCAUGGAACUUUUGGAAUCGACCAACCUGCACCGUUGGGGUUAGUGUGGUCUGUAAUAAAUUCUAUUAAGGACUUUUUUGCCGAAGUGAUCAAUGGAGGUCGCGGGUUCGGCAAUCCUAAUUACGAUGGCUUCGUGCCAAUAUGA